UUGAGGAUUGGGGCGCCCGCGCUGCUGUAGGUUGCUGGUGGAGGACAGCGGGGCCGGGACUCGGAGAAAACGGAGAGUCGACACGGUGAGAGAUGGCGGCCGAGAGCUGACUCGUCCGUAGCACACACACCGCAUGUCACUUGCGGGCUCAGCGACACAACGCCCCAAAUACCCUAGAGGUUCGGAAAGGGCCCAAACCUGGGAGACGCCCCCUUUCCUUGGGUCUGCUUUGAACAGCCAAUAGGAGGCGGUGUGUGAACAAGUGACAGAUAAAGGAAUGGGAGACGAUCGCCCUUUUGUGUGCAGCGCCCUCGGCUGCGGACAGCGUUUUACAAAUGAAGACCAUUUGGCCGUACACAAACACAAGCAUGAGAUGACUCUGAAGUUUGGGCCCGCAAGGACGGACUCUGUGAUCAUCCAAGAUCAGACUCCCACUCCCACACGGUUUUUGAAGAAUUGUGAGGAAGUCGGUCUAUUUAAUGAGUUGGCCAGCUCUUUUGAACAUGAAUUCAAGAAAGGCACGGAAGAGGAAGAUGACAAAAAGAGUGCGGGACCACUGGACAUGUCUUUACCUUCAACUCCUGAUAUUAAAAUCAAAGAGGAAGAACCAGUAGAAGUGGAUUCCUCCCCUCCAGACAGUCCUAGAUCAUUAGCAGAGGAGAAGGUUCCACCGAAGCCGCAGGUCAGCUCAACACCCACUCCAACAAUAGUCCGGCCUGGUUCACUGCCCCUCCAUAUGGGAUACGAUCCUUUGCACCCUACACUGCCUUCUCCUACAUCUGUCAUCACUCAGGCCCCUCCGUCCAACAGACAGCUAGGUUCCCCAGGCGGCUCUAUGUCCCUUAUGAUGCACCUGGGCAGUGGUCAGACUGUUCCUUUCCUUCCAGGUCCUCACGUACAGAUGCCAUCAGUUAUAUCGUUGGCAAGACCUAUGAACAUGGUGCCUAAUAUCCCAGGGAUUCCUGGACCCCCAGUUAUCGGCGGUGGGGGGCAUAUUUCUCCUUCCGGUCUUUCAGCUCAUACAGAAGCCAAAUUGGUGAGUUGUUGGACAGCACAUAGUAGACUUAAAGCCUCCCUUACUCACCAUGUUCCAUCGUCGCUGAAUGGAGGGAUGGCUAUGGUAGCAUCACGACCAGAACAGAGCCAAAUAUUGGUUCAACACCCAGAUGCACCUUCGCCUGCACAGCCUCAGGUAUCUCCUGCUCAGCCCACCCCAAGCACCGGGGGUAGGCGACGGCGAGCAACAGACGAGGAUCCAGACGAACGUCGCCAACGCUUCCUCGAGAGAAACAGAGCUGCUGCUUCACGUUGUCGUCAGAAGCGUAAGGUUUGGGUGUGCUCUCUGGAGAAAAAGGCAGAGGAACUGAACAGUCAGAACGUGCAGCUUAGUAAUGAGGUUACUCUUCUGAGAAAUGAAGUAGCCCAAUUAAAGCAGUUGUUGCUGGCACACAAAGACUGUCCUGUAACUGCCCUGCAAAAGAAAAAUCAGGUCUAUCUAGAAAACCUCAAAGACAAUUGCGAUACCAGAGGCUCUCCAGGCCCAAUCUCCCAGCACAGUUCAUUGUCCUCUGCCUCCCCUAAUGGGCUCCGCUCACCAGCUGAACACAUGGCCACUUCAAUGCUCACACAGAUGGCUAGCCAAAGGACAGACGGCCACAGUCAGAUUCUACAGUCACACGUCAUCAUGUCACCACAGUCGCAAGCAGCCAGCAGAUGAUGUAUCUACCCCAUUAAACUUAGAACUAACCAACGGGAUGCCUCAGCCCCAAAGACUGAGCAGAAUAACUAAGCCCCAGCACAUGACGGGCGGAUACGGAUAAUAAAAAAAUAUAUAUACGUAUAUAUAUUUGUUUUUAAAGUUCGGUAAAGGGUGUUUAGGGACUAUGUAUCUUUCAUUUUUUUUAGUACACAGACAUCAAGUGACUAAAGCACUAAUCUUCAGAUCCCAUCAGGUCAAAUCAAGAACCUCGACACACAGAUCGUGUAAGGGCUUCAAGCACUAACAGACAUGUCCACGUUCCCGCACCCUACCGCUCGCUGUGUGGUGUAUAUAGAAUACAGCUGAGGUUUACCAUUUCAGUGCCAGCAGGGUGGUUUUUUUUCCCCUGGUGCUACUUGUCUGAGCAUUUUCCCUGUCCUGCUCUGUUUGUGUAACAAAUUCGUACCGAGAAACCCUUUCCGUAUUUUACUACUAUGAUUUUUACUCAUUUGGAAAAGGCAGUGCCAUCCAUACUUAACCUGUCCAUGGCAUUUCAGUGUUGCUAGAAAUUACAUUACAGACGAGGCCUUAUUGCGCAGUUGCCUUCCAGCGUUGGAUACUCCUGCAUGGAAUGAAGAAGACAGAGAGGCAUACUCUGAACCUGGGGCCCAGCCUGGUGCUGGAUGGACACACGAAACAGAGGGAAAACUAUGGGCAGCUGCGUCCAACCACAAGGGAGAGACCCGGGAGCCGUAGUGGGCAUGCUUUACAGCCACGUGAUCAAAGAGACCUCCAUUUGAAAUGCUUUGUGG